CACGCCCCAUAUUCCUUUCUUUUCAUCUCUUCUCAUUCAUCUCAUUCAACCGAUCUACUCGCCUUCUCGACAUCAGCUAGCAUUAUUAUCCCAAGAUGAACAUGAUCGACCAAAGCCUGGACGACAUCAUCAAGUCGGAGCGCCAGGGAAAGAAAAAGCUGAAGGGAGUGGCAGCGGCGGCUACGAAGCCCUCUGCACCCUCCAAGAAGGGAAGCCCCAGCAUUCAGACCAAGGCAGCAGUAGGAAUCCAGACGAAGGGAGGCGCAAUCAGAUUGCAGAAGGGCAACAAGGCCACCAAGGGCAGCUCGCCAUAUGCUCGUCCGGUCAAGGUCAAGACGGAGACAGCAUUGUUCACAGAGUCAUACAAGGCCGCCAAGGCACCUAUCAAGGAGAUCUUUACCGCUAGCUAUAUCGCAAAGCCGGCAACGAACCUCAAACUCUUCACUACGAACCUCAGAUCAGGAGCCGAUAGGGGUAACCGGGAUCAGACGGGAUCAUCAGUAAAAGAGCAAUUGACGACCAAGUCUGUGCGGCUCGUUACCACACAGCAGGUCAGGCGAGAGUCAGCACCAGCAUCAUCACCAGGAAGGCUCACGCUCACGACCCAGAACGAACGCAUUCCUACUGGCCCCAGGAACCCUGGUCCAUCGCCACAGAAUGGAGGGAACCGUGGUGGAGACCAUCACCGAUCUAACGUCAGCACUAACAGCCGAUUGAGCGACAGGAAUGACAGAAUCGGCAGGAACGACAGAAUUGAUAGAGACGACAGAAUUGACAGAAACGCCUUCAACAGCAGGAACGAUGAUAGACGAGGAAACGAUGAUAGACGAGGAAACGAUGAUAAGCGAGGAAACGAUGAUAGGCGAGGAAACGAUGUCCGCAACGACGCUCGCUUCAGUGGUGGAAACAGCGCUCCUUCGAACAUUCGCAUCAACCAGAGCAACAAUAACCACCAAAACAGCAAUAGCAACAAUGGUCAGAGACGCACAGAGCAAAGACCCCUACAGGAUAAUAGGCCGCCUGUCGCGAGCAGAGCAACUGGUGCCAGGAUGUCCUUGGCGGAUCUUUCUCUGCUGAACCCCUCUGCGAUGAACCCUUCGUUGAUGGACCAGGCUUUGAUGAGCGUAGAUAUGGACAUGGAUAUGGACAUGGACAGUUCUAUGCUCUCUAUCAAGGGAUCAGCACCGAACUCCAACGUUGCCUUUCGCGGAGAGAGCGGUCCCGUCACGAUCGAGAUUGAGAACCUCGAUCCCGACACCACUGCGGAAGAUGUUAUGUUUGUCUGCUCCCGAUUUGGUGAGAUCAAGUCUUGCAUCUGCACCAAUGGAUUCUCUCAGGUCACAUACGCCAGAAAGGUGGCGGGUCUUGCAGCCAUUGAGAACUUGCACGGCAAGAGAGCCGACAAUGGCAAAAUCUUGAAGGUCUCUAUGCGCAAGAAUGCCAUCAUUCACGGCGAUAUGAGUCCAACGGGGGCCCAUGUGUCUACUCCGAUUUCAGGACCCAUGAAGAUUCUGGAAAAGGCCGUUCAGGGAACAAUCACCAAUGCAGGCACACUCUACUCGGACCAGCUGUUGGCAGCACAGCAUAUGUUGAAGGUGCAGCAGCAUAGGAUGGCACAGCUUCACCGAGAGGAGCAACGUAUCAGCUCGCUACGCGUGCAGGCAGAACCUCAAUUGAGCAACUUGAACUCGCUUUCAACCUCGGGUGUCAACCGUGGAUUCUUUUGAGUGCAAACCGAUCAAUAAAGCUAUCAUUUUUUUUUAUAU